GGUAUUUAUUGUUCCACAGCAGAGGCGGGCCAGGAGGCUCCACGAAUUCUCCAGAGGCAGCAGCCAGCUCCAGACACAAUGGCACCGAAGAAAGCCAAGAAGAAGAUAGAGGGCGGAAGUUCCAAUGUGUUCUCCAUGUUUGAGCAGACCCAGAUCCAGGAGUUCAAGGAGGCCUUCACAAUCAUGGACCAGAACAGAGAUGGCUUUAUUGACAAGAAUGACCUGAGAGACACAUUUGCUGCCCUAGGACGAGUGAACGUGAAAAAUGAAGAGAUCGAUGAAAUGAUCAAGGAGGCUCCAGGUCCAAUUAAUUUCACCGUGUUCCUCACGAUGUUUGGGGAGAAACUUAAAGGGGCUGACCCCGAGGAGACCAUUCUCAACGCAUUCAAGGUGUUUGACCCUGAAGGCAAAGGGUCGCUGAAGGCUGACUAUGUCCGGGAGAUGCUGACCACACAAGCAGAGAGAUUCUCCAAAGAGGAGAUCGACCAGAUGUUCGCAGCCUUUCCCCCAGAUGUCACGGGCAAUCUAGAUUACAAGAACUUGGUCCACAUCAUCACCCACGGGGAAGAGAAGGACUGAGUGAGCCCUGAGCCACGGCUCCAGGUGACCUACAGCCAGCUCUCCGGCCCAGACCCUGCCGCCCUGUGCACAUAGGUGCACCAGCCUGCAGGUGCACACCAUCCCAAGGCCGCGUGCAAAUAAACACCAAGUCUUGGAUCUA